GGACAGUGUACAGCUCAUACAGUGCAACUCAAUAACUGUGACACAAUUGGUGGUGAAAUGAGUGGUUCAGAAAUCUCUAUAUGAACUACACGUCAAUAGUUUGGCACUAAUUGUGUAUUCAUUGCCACAAACGAGACAACACUUGCAGUGCAUAGCCAUCACCGCCACCACCGCUGCCACCCUGAGACACAUCACCACCCAAUUGGUCCCAUAGAUCCCACACUCACUCCAGUAGCCAACCCGUGAGACACCGACCGACACGAUGGGCAUCAAGAGGAGGACGGGCACCGCGAAGUCGCCGCCCAUACUGUCCCACGAGUUCGUGAUCGCCAAUCACGCGGACAUUGUCUCGUGUGUUGCGAUGGUCUUUGUCUUGUGUCUGCUAUUUCAGGCCACAUCACCCAUCGCUUCCAUGUUUGUGGCGCUCCAGCACAACAUCACCGAUGUGUUCACGUCAGAAGUGGUUCACUACACGUAUGGCGUCAAAGACCUGUGUAUUGUCUUCUUCUACUUCUUGAUAUCCAUUGUUAUGCAUGCAGUCAUCCAGGAGUACCUCUUAGAUAAAGUGAACCGAAAGCUGCACUUAUCGAAGAUAAAGCACUCGAAGUUCAACGAAUCCGGACAACUGCUCAUAUUCUUCAUCAUAUCCAUCGCGUGGGCCUCAGAGAUCAUCCGCCGCGAGGGAUACCUCACGUCUAUCAGCAAACUAUGGGCCGAUUACCCGCACCUGGAGAUGACUUAUUUGUUUAAAUUCUAUUUCAUUAUACAAAUCAGCUAUUGGUUGCACGCCUUCCCGGAGCUGUACUUCCAGAAAGUCAAGAGGGAUGAGAUGGGCGCCCGUAUCACAUACGCCACCCUUUACGGCAUAUUCUUCACGGCCGCCUACGCUCUCAAUUUUAAACUGUGGAACGUAUUGUUCGUUUUGGUGCGGUUGGGAUCCAUCACACUAUCGGUGCUGACCUUCUGGUAUGGAUUAGCCACACAUCAAACCACACAAUUCAAUGUCGCCGAAGGAAACUUCAACACUCAGAUCAUUAGGAUCAACUGUUUGGCGGCCGUAUGUCUGUUGGAGGCCUGGAUGAUGUGGAACUUCAUUAACUUCCAUUUGCGACGAAUGCGCGAAAAGGCCGCCGAAGCGGCCGCUCUCCGCAAGAAGAGCGCCGGCGGUGUCCGCAAGAAACCCAAGAAGACCGAGAAGGAAGACGUGAGCGAAUUGCCUGAAGUGGACCAGAACACCAACAAAGGGCUCAUCCAUCGGCCCAAUAAGGCGUCGCCUAAAGUCAAAUAAACCCUUUCACACACAAGGCCUCCAAAAACGUGUCGACCAUUUGUUUUAUUGCGGAACUGAUCCACUGAUUGAUUGUUUGAUGGAGUGUCUGAUUGGAGAGAUUGUAGACAUUGUUUAGUAUUUCUUAAGUGUAAUCCAUUUCCUCUCUUUCUAUACUUUUCUCGACUUUUAGUAAUUGUAUCGC